AAAUGCAGAAUUCAAAAUCUAAAGGUGAAUAUCAUGUCCCCUCAGUUAUUUAAAUAUUUAGGAUUUGCGUGUUGAGGCCACGCCCCUGGCAAUCCCCGCCCACUCCACUAGGUGGCGCUGAUGCUGCAAAACUGUUUACAACCGUCACUAAAACUCCAGAAGAAGAACCAACAGCAGUAGCAGUAGCUUAGGUGUGUUUCUCUUAAACAUUCUGUUAAUUUAUAGUGUAAAACAGCAGAUAAUAAACACAAACUGACUCUGGAUCUGUUCAGAAAAACACACAUCUACUGUCCAGCAGGAAAGAGCGCGAAUCCAGUCAGAAAGCGCGCGAAUAUUCCUGCCCUGCUGAAGGCGACGGAGACUCUUUUCCUGUCAGAGCGAAAUAAGUGUGUUUUAUUAUGAAAUGAUGUCUUCAACACACACUGCUGUCAAGACUGAGUUUAUAAAAGAGGAGAGUGAAGAAGUGCGGAUUCCUGAGCCGUGUGGAGAUGAAGAAGAAGAAGCCUUAACCCUGAAGAAGGAAGACCCGGAGCAACACACAGAUCAGCUCGAGGUGAAGGAGGAAGCUCAGAUGGAGGAAAGUGAAGAGCUGAACGAUGACGAGGAUCUCGGGGAUUAUGAGCCGCCUCAGUUCUUAAGCUGCUCAAAGAUUGUGAGCAGGUUUUCACAACUACGAGUUCAGAAAGGAAAAGGCUUCUUCUUCUCCUGCCUGGAGUGCAAGAUGAGCUUCGAGACUAAGGAGCAUCUGAUGGAGCACUUCAGGAUCCACACUGGAGAAAGCUCUGCACAAACACACACCAACACAUCACAGAAACAGCCGAUGUUCUGCCAUCAGUGUUUCAGGAAGUUCUCCUGUAGGAAACAUCUGCUGGAGCACUACAGAAUACACAAGGUGGAGAAACCCUUCUCCUGUGAGCAAUGCGGGAAGAGUUUCGCUUAUAAACAAAGCCUGAACAAUCACACUAAGCAGCACAGGGACUGCAGGCGACACGUGUGCCAGGACUGCGGAGCGGGUUUCUCUAGUAAAGACAGUCUUACUGAUCACAUGAGGAUCCACGAGAUCGAAAAGCCGUUCCGCUGUGAUGAGUGCGGGAAGUGUUACACCUAUAAAUACAGCCUGAGGUACCAUCAGAAGGUCCACCGCCCCCCCAAGUCGUUUGUGUGUCAGCAGUGCGGACGCAGUUAUUCGGAUAACGACAGUCUGACAGGGCACAUGUGGAGCCACACCGGAGUCAAAGCGUUCCGCUGUCAGAGAUGCGGGAAAAGCUUCACCAUAAAAUCCAGUCUUGAUCAGCACAUGAAGAUCCACAGCGACCUCAAGCCCAUCUCCUGGUUCUCCUCAGAUUAAAGCUUCUCAAAGUCUCCAGUGUGCUAUAUACAGUGCAUCCAGAAAGUGUUGACAGCCCUUCACUUUCUCCACGUUUAUGUUCCAGCCUUAUUCCAAAAUGGAUUAAAUUGAUUGAUUUCCUCAACAUUCUACACACUAUCCCCCAUAAUGACAAUGUGAAAAAAGAGUUUUUGAAAGUAUUCACAGGCUUUGCUCAAUACUUUGUUGAUGCACCUUUGGCAGCGAUCACAGCCUCAAAUCUUCUUGAAUAUGAUGCCACAAGCUCGGCACACCUGUCUUUGGGGAUUUGUGCCCAUUCCUCUUUGCAGUACCUUUAAACCUCAUUGCCUCAUACAGCUAUUUUCUGAUCUCUUCAGAAAUGUUCAAUAGGAUUUAGAUUUGGGCUCUGGCUGGGCCACUCAAGGACAUUUGAAGCCACUCCACUGAUAUUCUGGCUGUGUGCUUUGGGUCAUUGUCCUGCUGGAAGAUGAACCGUCGCCCCAGUCUGAGGUCAAGAGCACUCUGAAGCAGGUCUUCAUUCAGGAUGUCUCUGUACAUCGCUGCAUUCAUCUUUCCCUCUAUCCUGACUAGUCUUCCAGUUCCUGCUGCUGAAGAACAUCCCCACAGCAUGAUGCUGCCACCACCAUGCUUCACUGUAGGGAUGCUGUUAGCCUGGUGAUGAGCGCUGCCUGCUUUUCUCCAAACGUAACGCCUGGCGUUCACUCCAAAGAGUUCAGUUUGAGGCUCAUCAGAGCAGAGAGUUUAGUUUCUGAUGGUCUGAGAGUGCUUAAGAUGCCUUCUGGCUAAUUCCAGGUGGGGAGAGUCUUCCGUCUGGCCACUCUACCAUACAGGCCUGAUUGGUGGAUUACUGCACAGAUGGUUGUCCUUCUGUAAGGUUCUCCUCUCUCCACAGAAGAACGCUGGAGCUCAGACAGAGUGACCAUCGGGUUAUUGAUCACCUCCCUGACUAAGGCCCUUCUCCCCCGAUCACUCAGCUUAGAUGGCCCGCCAGUUCUAGGAAGAGUCCUGGUGGUUAAACAUCUUCCACUUACGGAUGAUGGAGGCCGCUGUGGUCAUUGGAGCUUUCAGAGCAGCAGAAAUGUUUCUGUAACCUUCCUCAGCCUUGUGCCUCCAGACAAUCUUGUCUCUGAGGUCUACAGACAAUUCCUUUGUCUUCAUGCUUAGUUUGUGCUUUGACAUGCACUGUCAACCCUGGGCCCUUAUAUAGACAGGUGUACGCCUUUUCAUUGAGCACAGGUGAACUCCAGUUAAGCUGCUGAAACAUCUCCAGAAUGAUCAGUGAAAACAGAAUGCUGAGCUCAAUCUAGAGCUUCACGCCAAAGGCUGUCAAUACUGAUGAACAUGUGAAUUAUUAGCUUUUAUUUUAAAUAAAUUUGCAACAAUUUAUAAAACUUGUUUUUUCACAUCAUCAUUAUGGGGGAUAGUGUGUAGAAUGUUGAGGAAAUCAAUGAAUUCAUCCAUUUUGGAAUAAAGCUGGAACAUAAACAAAUGUUGAAAAAGUCAAGCGUUAUCAAUACUUUCCGGAUGCACUGUAUACACGGAUGAAGUCCGAGUUUUUAGCCCUCCUGUUAAAUUUGAGUUAUUUUAUAUUUUAUCCCAAAUUUCUGCUUAACAGAGAGAUUUUUAAACACAUUUCUAGACAUAAAAGUUUUAAUUAUUCAUUUCUAAUAACUGAUUUCUUGUAUCUUUGACAUUUAAAGGCUAAACUAGGGUAAUUAGGGUAAAGUUAGGGUAAUUAGGCAAGUCAUUGUAUAACAGUGGUUUAUUCUGGAGACAAUCCAACACUAAUAUUGCUGAAGGGGGCUAAUAAUAUUGACCUUAAAAUGACUUUAAAACUAUUAAAAACUGCUUUUAUUCUAGCUGAAAUAAAACAAAUAAGACUUUCUCCAGAAGAACAAAUAUUAGAGGAAAUACUGUGAGAAACUCCUCAAUCUGAGAAACAUCAUCUGGGAAAUAUUUGAAAGGAAAUGAAAACUCACAGGAGCGUAAAUAACUCUGACUUCGUCUGUAUGCACAGUGCUUUUCAGCCACCAGUAAACAUCUGAUUUUCUAUUGCAGGGUUACUCUUACAGCAUCGAUGUUGUAAUGUGACCCGCCGUUUAAUAAUCUUAUUUUGUAUUUGUAGAUGAAUCCUAAAUCUGUAGCGAACACAAGGAGAGCCUGCCUUAUUCACAUCGCAUGUGUUAAAACAUUAUGGGUUAUUAAAGGUGUCUUCUUGGGUUAUUAAAGGUGUUUGCUGUCACUGCUUGUUCAGCAUUAAAGGGAGAA